UUCAACAUUGUCAUGGCCACACAAAUGCUUGAUGUUAAAAAUGUCAGGAUUCCAACUCCUGGGGAUAAAAUUUAUAAGGAUGAAUGCGUUUUGUGUUUUGAUACCCCGGAAAGUGAAUUAGGUUUAUAUGUCUGCAUGAACACUUUCUUGGGCUUUUGCCGGAAGCAUGUUGAUCUUUACUUUGCAAGAACCUCAAAUUCCAUUUUUCUUCAUCUCAAACGAUACAAAAUUGAAAUUGAAAAUAAAGAGGCAGAGAAAGUUCCAACCAAGCUAGCUAUUGGCCUUGAAGGAGGUUUUGAUGUUUGUGGAAAGAAAUAUGAAUACGAAGACAAAAAUAGUUUAGUUCUAUUACCAGCAUUUAAUGUGAUUUCUCUACCAUGUGAAUCUUUAGCCGAAAUUAUUUUGCUUAGUAUUUCUGCAAUUCUUGAACACGAUGCUGCAAGUAAGCAAGAAGAAGCUGAUGCAAUGGCAGGAACAUGGGAUGGCAUGCAGAGAGAAGUCACUAAGCAUGCAAAUACUUUAAUACAACUUGAUAAUGGUGUUAAAAUUCCGCCAAACAAUUGGCAAUGCCAAGUUUGUGGCUUGAAAGAAAACCUUUGGCUCAACCUAACAGAUGGUGCUAUUCACUGUGGAAGAAAAUAUUUUAAUGGCACUGGUGGUAACAAUCAUGCUGUUGAGUACUAUGAAAAAACAAAAUAUCCCCUAGUUGUGAAAUUGGGAAGUAUCACAUCUGAAGCUUCAGAUGUUUACUCUUAUGAUGAGGAUGCUAUGGUUUUAGAUCCAAAUCUUCCUGAUCAUUUAGCACACUUUGGAAUUAAUAUAAAAGAAUUAAGAAAGACAGAUAAAUCAAUGACAGAACUUGAAAUUGAUUUAAAUCAAAGAAUUGGAGAAUGGGCUAUAAUCCAGGAAGCAGGAACCAAUUUAGUUCCUUUAUAUGGUCCUGGUUACACUGGUCUUGCUAAUCUUGGAAAUUCCUGCUACCUCAAUUCCGUAAUGCAAGUUGUUUUUAAUGUGCCAGAUUUUCAGAGAUGUUACUUUCAAGCAUGUGAUGAAAUAUUUUCACAGUCAAUUCUUGAUGCACCAAGGGAUUUUAACCUGCAAAUGGCUAAGCUUGCAUAUGGCCUGUUGAGUGGUGCAUAUUCUAAAGCUCCCGAAGGAAAGUCAAAAGAAAUACCAGAGGAAUUGCCAGGCAUUGCACCUCAUAUGUUUAAAAGCCUUAUCGGUCAGGGACAUCCAGAAUUUUCUACCAAGCGACAACAAGAUGCCCAAGAAUUCUUUUUGCAUCUCAUUAGCAUCUUAGAGCGUCAUGCACGUAGUAGAGAAAAUCCUGCAGACGCACUGAAAUUUGAAGUAGAAGAAAGGUUGCAGUGUGGCAAAUCUGCAAAAGUGAAAUAUACUACAAGGACAGACUAUUUAUUAUCACUCCCUAUUCCUUUAGAUGCUGCCACCAAUAAAGAUGAAGUAGCUUUAUAUGAAGCAAAGAAAGCUGAAAUACUUGCCAGAGGUGAUAAACUGAAUCUCGAGGACUUGGUUAGACCUAGAAUACCUUUGCAAGCAUGUUUAGAAUGUUUUGCUGCAUCUGAAAUAGUUGAUGAUUUCUACAGUACAGCUCUAAAUGCGAAGUGCAUUGCAUAUAAAGCCAUUCGUUUACGUACAUUUCCUGAUUAUCUUAUGCUGCAUUUAAAAAAAUUUACCAUUGGUGAAGACUGGGUUCCAAAGAAGCUUGAUGUGUCUCUUGAUGUCCCAGAAGAAUUAGAUUUAUCUGUGAUUCGUGGCAAAGGAAUUCAGCCAGGUGAAGAAGAGCUCCCAGAAACUGCUGAAUCAGGUAAAACUGAUGCUGAAUUUGUGUACGAUGAAGCACUCUUAUACCAGUUGUGUGACAUGGGCUUUCCUGUUGAUGGUUGUAAAAAAGCUUUAUACUAUACACAAAAUGAGAAUAUUGAAGCUGCUAUGAAUUGGGUUAUGGAACAUAUGAAUGAUGCAGACUUCAAUGACCCAUUUGACCCUCCUGGAGUAAAGAAAUGCAACACUAAUUUCACAGCUAAUCCAGAAGCAACUGCUACGAUAGUUUCUAUGGGAUUUACUCCUCUUCAAGCUGCAAAAGCCUUGGAAGCAACAAAUAAUGACUUGGAGCGGGCAAUCGAUUGGAUUUUCAGCCAUUCACAGGAAAUGGACACUUCUGAAGGAAAUGACUCUCUUCAACCUCAGUUUAGGGACGGGUCAGAAAAAUACAAGCUUGUGGCCUUCAUAAGUCACAUGGGAACAUCAACUGUCGCAGGUCAUUAUGUUUGUCAUAUCUUGAAGGAGGGCCGUUGGGUCAUUUUCAACGAUAACAAAGUUGCCUUAUCUGAACACCCUCCCAAGGACCUCGCAUAUCUGUACCUGUAUCAGAGAAUUCCUGCACCUUAAAGUGAUAUUUAUUCUGCAUCAAGAAGUGACUCAGAUGAUGCUAAUAAGUGUGUAAUUAUCAUUUGUAACAUGUGCAUUAUUGAAUUUCUAUAAGACUUUCUCUUAUAAUGCUGGCAUUGUUUACUUUUUAUAAGUACUUUUUUCAUACCUCACAAAUUUAAAUAUGUUUUAAGUGAAGAGGGUUUUUCUGCUCUUGUAUUAAUAGUAAUAAAAAUAUAUAAUGAUUUAACUAAUUUUAGGAUUUACAUUUUUUGAAUAAACAUAUUAGCCUUAUUUCUGUUAGUGCUAAUAUUUAUACGAUUCGUUGAAGGGGAAAAUAAAUAAAAGUACUGUAACCAUAGCAAAACUUUUAUUAAAUCUGUAAUUUUAGUACAUAUAUUGUCUAAAGUUAAUCUCUGUUAUGUACAGUUUGAUGGAUUAAAUGGU